ACAGGGUGCUCUGAUCUUUGUGUCCGCCACCAGAGAUCAGGAGGGUGGGAGGGAAGGUCUACACAAAGAUGAUCCAAUCAAUCUGAAACGUGCUGAGUAAGCUACGGAAUUAAUCAUCCAAAUUUUGCAACUAGUGGGAAUUUAUUUUGUGAAAGACUCAUCAAUUACACCUAUCGUUGAAUUUCCACUUCCUCUACUACUGGCACCUCACAGCUGAAGUGAUGUCCUUUCUUGCAGCACCAGAAAAAUCUUCAUCUAACAUGGGUCCCAAAGAGGUGGAGCUGAUCCUUGUAAAGGAGCAGAAUGGGGUCCAGUUCACCUCCACCACCUUAGUAGCUCCGGCCCAGACUCACCCCAGUGGGGAGGAAGAGAGAGAGACCUGGGGGAAGAAAAUCGACUUCCUCCUAUCUGUGAUUGGAUUUGCUGUUGAUCUCGCCAAUGUCUGGAGAUUCCCUUACCUUUGCUACAAAAAUGGAGGAGGAGCCUUUCUGGUGCCUUACCUGUUCUUCAUGGUGAUAGCAGGGAUGCCUCUUUUCUACAUGGAACUGGCUCUGGGGCAGUACAACAGAGAGGGAGCAGCAGGUGUCUGGAAGAUUUGUCCCAUUUUUAAGGGUGUUGGGUUUACAGUGAUUCUCAUCUCCCUUUAUGUUGGUUUCUACUAUAACGUCAUCAUCUCCUGGGCGCUGUUUUACCUAUUUUCCUCAUUCACCUAUGAGCUACCCUGGGUCCAUUGCAACAACACCUGGAACAGCCCAAACUGCUCUGACUGGGCGGACAACAGCUCGAUUGGUGACAUUUACAAAGCCACACCUGCACAGGAGUACUUUGAACGAGCGGUCCUCCAUAUUCAGGACAGCAAUGGUAUUGAUGACCUUGGACGUCCACGUUGGCAGUUAACUUCCUGUUUGGCUGUUGUGAUUAUUUUGCUCUACUUUAGUCUCUGGAAAGGAGUAAAGACAUCUGGCAAGGUUGUGUGGAUCACAGCAACCAUGCCCUAUGUGGUCCUGACUGUGCUGCUCCUCCGUGGAGUAACUCUGCCUGGAGCCAUCGAUGGUAUUAAAGCGUACCUUUCUGUCGACUUUCUGAGACUCUGUGAUGCCAAGGUCUGGAUCGAGGCUGCAACACAGAUCUGUUUCUCGCUGGGUGUGGGGUUUGGUGUGCUAAUUGCAUUUUCCAGCUACAACAAAUUCAGCAACAACUGUUACAGGGACGCCAUCAUAACCAGCUCCAUCAACUCUUUGACAAGUUUCUUCUCUGGAUUUGUUGUCUUCUCCUUUCUUGGAUACAUGUCCCAUAAACACAACGUGGCUCUAGAUAAAGUUGCAAGAGAUGGUGCUGGGUUAGUGUUUGUCAUUUAUCCAGAGGCCAUUGCUACGUUACCUGGGUCAUCAGUGUGGGCAGUGAUUUUUUUCAUUAUGCUGCUGACACUUGGUCUUGACAGUGCAAUGGGUGGUAUGGAGUCUGUGAUCACAGGGGUGAUAGAUGAAUUUAAAUUCCUUCACAAACACAGAGAGCUGUUCACCCUGUUCAUCGUUGUUUCAACAUUUCUCAUAUCCCUCUUCUGUGUCACAAAUGGAGGGAUGUAUGUGUUUACUCUGCUGGAUCACUUUGCAGCAGGAACAUCGAUUCUCUUUGGAGUGCUUAUUGAAGCCAUCGGCAUCGCCUGGUUCUAUGGAGUGGAUCGGUUUAGCGAUGACAUAAAAGAGAUGAUCGGCCACAGACCAGGGAAAUACUGGAGACUAUGCUGGAAGUUUGUCAGCCCAUGCUUUCUCUUUUUCAUGGUUGUGGUGAGCUUUGCCACAUUCAACCCUCCAAAUUACGGCUCUUACAUGUUUCCUCAAUGGGCUAACCUUCUAGGAUGGUGUCUCGCCAUGUCCUCAAUGACCAUGGUGCCACUGUAUGCCAUCUACAAACUCUGUACACUACCUGGAAGUUUUUGUGAUCGGCUAGCCUAUGCCAUCACCCCUGAGACAGAGCAUCAUCUGGUCGACAAUGGGGAGGUGCGGCAGUUCACUCUGCAUCACUGGUUGGUUGUUUGAGCUGCAGAAAGACACGCAGACGGAGUGAAAGAUAAAGAAUGUCAGAG